AUGACACAUGAACUGAGGCAGACAGUGAAUGAGUCACUGGUUAGGACAGUGAAUGAGACAGUGGAUGAGAUAGUGGUAAAGAAAGUAGAUGAGACAGUGAAUGAGAAAUUGGAUCAGAAUGUAAAUGAGAUAGUGGAUAAGAAAGUGAAUCAGAAAGUGAAUGAGAAAGUGGAAAAGAAAGUUGAUCAGAAACUAGAUGAGAUAGUGGAUAAGAAAGUGAAUCAGAAAGUGAAUGAGAAAGUGGAAAAGAAAGUUGAUCAGAAACUAGAUGAGAUAGUGGAUAAGAAAGUGAAUCAGAAAGUGAAUCAGAAAGUGGAAAAGAAAGUUGAUCAGAAACUAGAUGAGAUAGUGGAUAAGAAAGUGAAUCAGAAAGUGAAUGAGAAAGUGGAAAAGAAAGUUGAUCAGAAACUAGAUGAGAUAGUGGAUAAGAAAGUGAAUCAGAAAGUGAAUCAGAAAGUGGAAAAGAAAGUUGAUCAGAAACUAGAUGAGACAGUGGAUCAGAAAGUGAAUCAGAAAGUAGACGAGAAAGUGGAUGAGAAAAGUAAAUUGACCUCCCCCACUUUGCACAGGACAUUGUGGGCUUCAGCGGGUCGCCCUCAUCGAUUUAAGUAA